AUGUCAAAUAAUCGAGCAUUUUUUAACAAUUUUAAGUCCUUGCCGUUCAAAGAUGCUCCCCUUCGUUCGUCUUCUGGGUCAUCUGAGAUUAUCUUACUCUCGAUAAACUUGACCGGGACUCGGUUGAUCAACUCUAGAACAGACAAGUCGAUAAGAAUAUGGAAAUGUUUCCCAGACAAAUUGGCCGAUCCUAUCAUAGUGGAGCAGCCCCAUGCCAAGGCAGUGGAGAGCGUGUCGUGGCACCCCAAGCAUGAGUUUACCUUUGUCACUGUAGGUAGAGACGAUCUCUUCAAGGUGUGGAAGAUCUCUGGGAACUCGUGCUUGCUCGAAAGAGAAAUUAAAGUGGUGAAACAGGGUAACGAGGAAAAGGAUAGUAUCUGCCAGAUAGUGCGGUACUCUAAUGAUGGAGAAUUGUUGGCUGUUGUGGACAGGGACUCCACUGUUUCUGUCUACUCCACAUCUAGCUACACCAAGGUACACGAGUUCCAGGUCAAUGAGCAUGUGUACGCACUCGAAUGGUUCAACAAAGACCAUGACUACUUCGUCUUAGGAUUGCAUGACGGGACUGCACCAGUCUAUAAGGUGGUAGACCGUAGUGCUGGAAAAGAUGAAACUUUAGUGGUGGACUUGUUACACACCAUCCGUGGGCACCGAUCUUCCAUCACAGCCAUUGCCGUUGACCCCAGAGGGAAGUACUUUGUGAUCGGGUCCAAUGAAGGUGUGGCAUCUAUCUGGAGCACUUCUUCAAUGCUCAAUGUAAACGCUAUCACGUCAAUAGACGAGUCUGUGGCCAGUAUCGAUAUCAGCAGAGAUGGAACCUACAUUGCUAUUACAUUCGACAGUGGAUCCAAUGCAAGAAUAUUUGAAAGUCUGUCUAUAGAGGAGAUAUACGAAGUGGAGAACAGUUCCAGUGGGAAUUUGGUAUUGAGUACCUUUAAGUGGUUUCCAAACAAGACAGGGUUUGUGUUUGCUACAGAAGACGGGAAGGUAAUGGGCUACCUGAAGAAAUAG